CUGGGCAGCAGCAGGGGUCUGGCGAGUGGGAGGAGGGAGAAAACCAAAGAAAGGACAGAAUGAGAAUUGAGGGGUUGCGAGGGGGGAAAGGACCCAUCUAAAAAAGAGAGGGGCAGAGAGGGGACAUAGAGGGAGGAACACAAGCAGAGAGGCGUGAGAGGCAGAGAGAGAGAGAGAGAAAGAGAGAAGGGGGGGAGCAGAGAGGGAUAUCUCAUCUCGAGCUGCUAGUGCAAUCGGUGCAGGGGAGAAGUUGUGGGAAAGUAAACAGCACAGGAGAAUUCCAAUCUGUUUUCAGCCACUUGCAGCCCUCGAAGGAGACCAUAAAGAUGACUGGACCGGACCCGGUGGUGUGGUAGAAACUGAGUUUAUGGGAGGCUACCAGGAUUAAAGGGUCACCAGGGAGCGCCUGAAGCUUCUCGGAGGACAUACUGCUGAAGCCGAGGAGGGAUCAUGUCGACAGGGAUAUCUCACCAGCAACCGCCAAAGGAGGAUGAAGAGGAGGAAGAUGAGGAGCAAGGGGAAGAGUUCUCGUUUGAGGACAGUGAGGAGAAACUACUGGAGGGCAGGACAGGGAUCACCUCUGACUCUCUUAGAGCCGUCCAGUUGUCAAAAAAGGAGGACAGAGAGACAUCAGGCAGCAUGUCACAAACAGGCGCAGACUGCCCACAACUUCUCAGAAUGUCGCCUCCUGCUGGACAGGAGGGCAUCCUCACCGAGGAUGUAGCUCCAAUUUCCACUGCAGAUGUUCCAGUUAAUGAGUCACCCAGCGGGGCCUCCGAAGCGGAGCCCAGCAGAACCUCAGCUCCUCGUGUGGGACAGGAGCUCCAGAAGCUUCCAGUGGUGCCACCAGCUGUGGAGACGGGGACUGAUUCAGGAAACCACGGAGAAGAAAUCGUCAAGGAAAGCUCCGAUGCCGAGGACACCUCUGAAGUUCCACGUGCAGCUCAAGCUGAACCGCAGACGGCGGAGGCUCCAGAGGUGAUCUACGAUGAUGUUCCAAGCGAGGGGCCCCUCACUCCCGAUGAAGCAGAUAUGAUCUAUGAGGAUGUUCAGAGAGACAGCGGUCCUCCGGACGCCGACAACGGAUGGAGCUCCAGUGAGUUCGAAAGCUAUGAUGAACAGUCGGAUAACGAGACCAAACAUCCGGCACGGAGCAAGCGCUCUCCUGAUGUGUGUCGCCUGAGGGAACGGUGUGCCAGGACCAAACGCGAACUGGCCACGAGGCUGUCUGGCAAGCACAACUAUGACAUCAAGGUUCAGCAGCUCAUGAAGGCGGCGAGAAGCGGAACGAAGGAUGGGCUCGAAAAGACCAAGAUAGCCGUCAUGCGCAAAGUCUCCUUCCUGCAGAGAAAAGAUCAAUUGGAGGAGGAGGAUGAUGCCGGAUACCUGGAUGUGGCUGUGUCAGAAGUGAAGCAUCCUCCUCCACAGCUGAGCUCCAUGCCAGAGGGGCUGACCAGCCACCAGGUUGUCAGACGCCAUAUCCUCGGCUCCAUCAUUCAGAGCGAGCGGAGCUACCUGGAAUCUCUCAGGAGGAUCUUGCAGGAAUACCAGAGACCAUUGAUGGAGGCUGAUCCACGCAUCUUGAGCCCAAGAAAGAUCCGGCCUAUAUUUUACCGAAUGAGGGAGAUCACACAGUGCCACUCCAUGUUUCAGAUUGCUCUGGCGUCCCGUGUGGCCGAGUGGGACAGCAGUGAGAAAAUCGGAGACUUAUUCGUUGCCUCGUUUUCCAAAUCCAUGGUGCUGGAUGUUUACAGUGAGUACGUGAACAACUUCACCAACGCCAUGGCUUUGAUUAAGAAGGCGUGCAUCUCCAAACCAGCUUUUCUGGAAUUCCUAAAGAAGAAGCAGGCGUCUAGUGUUGACCGGAUCACUCUGUACGGCCUGAUGGUUAAGCCCAUUCAGCGAUUCCCCCAGUUCAUAUUGCUCCUGCAGGACAUGCUUAAGAACACACCGAAGGGCCACGUGGACCGCCUGCCCCUGCAGCUCGCCCUGACGGAGCUGGAGAUGCUGGCUGAGAAGCUGAAUGAACAGAAACGAGUAGCCGACCAGAUUGCAGAGACUCAGCAGCUUGCCCGCAGCGUCAGUGAUCGCCUGCUCAGUAAGCAACUGAACUCGGAGCAGGGGUCACUGGUCCUUUGUGAGACGCUUAUUGAGACGGUGUACGGCGAGAGGGGACAAGUCCUGAAGUCGAAGGAGAGAAAGGUCUUCCUCUUUGAUGAUGUGCUCAUCUGUGCCAACAUAAAUGUCAAGGGGCCUCCGGAUAUCAGCAGCCUGGUCCCCGUCGGUCCCAAGUACACCAUGAAGUGGAGCGCCCCCCUACAGCAGGUGCAAGUAGUUGAGGUGGGCCAGGAGGGCCCUCAAAGCAAAGAUACCCUCUUCCAGCAGAGCGGGGCCAAGCGAGCCUGCACCUCAGGCAAAGCGUUCCUCGGCCCUCCACGGCUCUACCAGGAGCUGCAGGAACUGCAGCAUGACCUUUCCGUGGUGGAGGAGGUCACCCUCCUCGUGGGCACUCUGCAGGGGAUGUACCAGAACCUUAACACCACUGUUGCUCAGGACUGGUGUCUGGCUCUGCAGAGGCUCAUCCGCAUCAAAGAAGAACAGAUCCAGAGUGCUAACAAAUGUCGCUUACGCCUGCAGGUGCCCGGCAGGCCAGACAAGUCAGGGCGUCCUGUCAGCUUCAUGGUGGUCCUCAACACUCCCAGCCCCCUUAGCAAGAUCUCCUGGGUCAACCGUCUGCACUUGGCCAAGAUCGCACAACGGGAGGAGAAUUCACUGGGCUGGUUAUGUGGACAGGACGAAGGGAAGACCAUGUCCCCGUUUUCGUGUCCGCUGCUGGCCUGUCACAUGCCUGUCUUUGCUACUAAGUCACCGGAGAGAAAGCUUGAAGCUGCCCUCCACAAUCCGGUUCAUUGUGCAUUGUUGGGCUUCUCUGCAGCGAGCACCUCCUUACCUCAAGGCUACUUUUGGGUGGCUAGUGGAGAAGGUUCGCAUGGGCAGAUAGAGAUAUUUUCCCUCAACAGACCCAUGCCAAGGACUGUUAAGAGCCUGCAGGUAGGCUCUGCUGUCCGCUGUCUGGAAUACGUGCCAGAGCCUCCUCCGGCUGAGGAAGUGGAGGUUGGAGUUCACAAGGCCCCCUCGGGGAUCGGCGCCAACAUUUGUGUUGGCUUAGACGACGGGCGCGUACUGGUGUACGGCAGUGUGGACACUGCAGCACAAUGCCUGUUGACCCUCCGUAACCCAGAGGGCUGCCCCGUGCUUUGCCUGAAGCACUCCGCUCGCUUCCUGUUUGCGGGCCUGCGGAACGGGUCCUUGAUGGUUUAUGGAAGAAGCAACAACGAUGAUUUUUGGGACCCGGACUCCUGCAGAUGUGUAAAACUGGGCUCAGAACCACUGCGGACACUGUUGGUGUUAGAUGACUCAGUGUGGGCAAGCUGCGGGAACUCUGUCACAGUCACGGACAUCUCCAGCCUCAGCACUCAGACGUUUGAGGUCCACCCAGACCCAAUGAUCAGCGUCGCACACAUGGCAUGUGCCGGCGGAGGGGUGUGGAUGGCAUUCUCUGAGGGUUCCUCCAUCCGUCUCUUUCAUACCGAAACACUGGAGCUUCUGCAGGAAAUCAACAUCUCGACACGCUCAACGCUGCUGAACACUGGUCAAAAGAGCAUGCGAGUCACGAGUCUGCUAAUUUGCCAGGGGCUGUUGUGGGUGGGCACUGCCCAAGGCUUAAUUAUCACUCUUCCAGUUCCUAAACUCGAGGGCAUCCCCAAAAUAACAGGAAAAGGAAUGGUCUCUCUAAAUGCCCAUUGUGGGCCCGUGGACUUCCUGGUAGCCACCACCAGCACUCUGUCUCCUGAGCUGCUGAAGAGGGAUUCUGUCGGGGACGGCCCGGACUCUGCCUUCGGGGGCGAGGACCGCAGCGACACCUCCUCUCAGGAAUCCCUGCAACAGUCCUACCAGGGAGAGGGGCGAGGCAAAGGACGCGGUGUUCUGCUGCAGUACAAGCUGCGCUCCACAUCGGGACUGCCCGGACGGCCGUUGACGGCGCUGGGCGACGAGGCUUCGGACUCCUCCCUGGAGUCUCUGGAGCACAGUGUGGAAGAUGGAUCCAUCUACGAGCUCAGCGAUGACCCAGAAAUGUGGGUCCGGGGACGUCCUUGCGAGAGGGACGGGGGACGCAGGGACAGGGUGAUCUCUGCGGCGGUACUCUCUGGAGGCAGGGGCUUCCACAGACUGAAGGAAGGAGCAGCAGCAGGUACUAGGACAAGUGGGGAGGGUUUAGAGAAUAUUCUUAUGGUAUGGCAGCUCCCACUGACAGUGUGAUAUGGGAAACAUAAGGCAAGGUGAUGGGUAUUUAUAGAUGUAGUCUACCCAGCUUAGCUUUGAAUCAACCGUUCCAUAAAUUCAAAGGAUUUGAAUAAACAUGUAUGAUGUGAAGGCGUUGCCACUGUAACGGAGCUUGACAUGCUACGAUUUAGCUUGUAGAAUAAGGAAGCUAAGACGUGCUGUUUCCCAGAGGUACCGUCAGCCUAUAGGACGUUUCCAAUGUGCUCGAUUGUGCGUCAUCACCUCCCCAGCAGUGGCGGAGGCCGCCGCGGAUUAGUUCCGUGUGAUCUUUUUGAUCUGCUUCCUCUCCCUGCCUUCGUUAAGAUGGAUGCGCCUCAAUUUAACCUCAUCAUCGCGGCGCAAGCUCCGCCACAUUUAUUUUAUUGCGAAGGACUUCUGUGUGAGCAACCGCGGACCGCUCGCUUCCGAGGGGGCCGCCUUUGUUGAGUCUGCCAUGCUCCGCAGAGUUAGAGAUGGACAUCUUUUAUCUGAUCCUGUGGGACAGAUCCCAUCUGUUUAGAGCUGAAAGCUGGGGACUUACACCGCAUCACAAAGCACAUGAGCAUCACUUUAUUAGCUUUGCCAGCCUUUCUCUCAUCCCAUACAAUGUGAAUGUAAGAUACCUUCUAUUAUGUCUCAAAAUUGAAUCUGUGCUCUCUUUAAAAAAGAAAAAAGGAUAUUUUCUCCUUGCAGCUGUUGCGGAAAUGAUGUUUGGUUACAGAAAAUGAGUGCUUACCACUUUAUUGAGGAGGGUCAUGGCAGUACAGACUCGCUGCAAAACUGUUGUAAAAACAACUGAUUUCGAAAACAAAGGUUACAAUAGUCAAAGAUGUUAGUACACGACAUUACAGAAUCUAUAUUUGCUCAGAUGUAUUUGAGGAAAAGACAAUUUGAACAGUAUGAUCUGCUUCCUGCAAAUGCCCCAUAUACGUUUCAUUAUUCACUGACCCCAUCAGCUGGAUGAAACACUACACUGCACACAUUAGCUGGAAGCCUCUGUUACACAUCAAAAGCAAAACUCUACAAUCACACGAUGAAAUGAAACGGCUGCCGCCGCCAUCUGAACUGCUAUCAGCUGUGUAUCAACAGAGAAAACAAACCUAAGAGAGACACCGAUGAGCAUGUUUUACAUGCAUAUUCAUUUUCAAUAAUAUGCAACAUGAUUCUGAUUAAAGAGGGUGAUUUACAUUACAUAUGUCUAUAUUACAAUUAACACACCGUGAUGUAUUUGAUCUCUGAUAUUAGCCUUAGAAUCCAAGUCAUGCUAACUGUGUCCCAUCAGCAGCUGUUUUCAUGCUAAUAUUUGGUCAAUAUUUGGAGUUUAAUGCAAAUACUAAUGUUUUUAUGAUGAAAAUAUGAGGACGCAUGUAAAUAUCUUGUCAUGCAUGUUGGGUGGAAACCUCGCAUCUCCAUUUGUGAAAGACUAUUAUACUCGGCUUAUGAAAACCGUUUUAACCACGUUUAAUUGUUCAAGUUCUUCUUUUUUUACUGAUAAGACCAUGAGAUUUUGGAAAUACACCAGCAGGAGUGUGAUGAAUCGGAGCUGGUCGGAGAAGCACUCAGUGGAAUAUUGUGUUGACUUCAUAACUUGCUAAUUUAAAUCGCUGGUAGCGUUGGCAGGCGUGUAAACAUGCACUAUUGACAUUGGCAUGCGUCUUGAAGAGAAACUCAAGAAGUACUUUACAGCGCAUGUAUUUCACAGUGUGUUGAGCGUGUAGGCGGAGGCCAUGCAAGUAGCCAAGUAUGAAGAUCUUUGUAAAAUUUCAAUAAACAGAGUGAUGGCGAAGGUUAUGGUAUAUAAUUCUUCUCCACCUCUAUCUCUACUUAGCCUUUUCCCCCACACAUGGAAUCUCAUCUUAUCCUUCCACACGGAUGAAGCGUGAAAAUUCAUGUUUUCUACUUCCCUGAGGCACAUCAAGGUUUAUUUUCCCUUUUCUUCUCCUCACAACUGGAGCAUUUCAACAUCCUAUCAGCCAGGCUCAUUAUACAAAAAAAAAAAGACGGCGAUGUAAACUGUAUGGAUGCUGUCAUCUAAAUGUAAAUCUCAAUGUCACCUCAAAAAUGUAUACUCUUUCAAUGCUGCUGGAGCCACAACUCCCUAAUGGUCACUAGAGAUGUUUUUUGUUCAACCUCAACUGGAUGAUAAGUGUUUUCCUGUUCAAGCUCAUCCGCUAACAACUGAGAUUUAAUCUCACGAGCACAGAAGAGUGACAUUUGAUGGACGUUGACUCAUACAUUUCAAUGUGUACAGGUAUUAUCCAUGCACUGAAUAUGAAUAGUUGUGAAUGAACGUACUGUACUACUAAUUAAACUGCUACUGUACUAAUUUAACCUGCAUUUUCUUUUGUAAAGAGGACUCUGUAACAGUAUUGAUGUUUUAGAUGAGACUGUAUAAGACAGAGAAUCUCGUUUAUUACAGACUGGAUCUUGUUGUUUUUUUUUAGAUUUGGCCAUCAGUUGUGGUAACACCAUUGUGCCAUUAGUGAAUAGCUGAGAUCUGGGAAUGCGUGGACAUCACUAAGAAGAGGUCACAUGAUCGUUCAGGUUUUUAGCAAACACCUUGGAUAUCCGGACCUAUUUGGAAGAAAGAAACAGGAAAGCAUUACAUCUUAUAUACCUAAACCGUCUGUCGUAGACGUCCGUCUCAGUUCACAGACCGACUUUGACCUCUGUGUUUACAACCUGUGUGAUCAUCUGACUGCCCGUUUCUCCACACGAUCACUGAUUGAAAUGAUGGCCAAACCUACAAAAGACAGGUCAUUAACGUAAAGUCUUACACUCACAGGCAUGUGGAAACACAGUGCUCAUUUCCAUUUGGUACAAUACUUGUGAAGUGUUACAUGUCUAAACAUUGUCUAACAAGCUUACGCUGAAUUAAAAACAUGUCUAAACUUGA